AUGAAACAAGGUUCCAAGGAUUCUGCCCAUGACCCCAUGGCAGGAUCAACUCUGUUCGGGUUGAUUGCUCAAGACUUCACCAGUUCAUUUGAUCUAUUGUGCGUGAAAAGGAACUUGUUUUCAAAGGUCGUGAGCAGCUCUAGUGGCAAAUGGAGCAACUCGAGAUCAAAUUCCUCCACUAUUGGGUUCUUUACCAAGGCCAAAAUAAUUUCCUAA